AUGAAUUCUAACGACGUAAAGAAUCACAGAAACAGCGACAUCGCCACAAAACAAAGGAAGAUCAACAAAGAGGAGGGAAGAGGCGAGUCAUCCUCGAUUUCCUCGUUCGUAUGCGAAAUCUGCAUUGACACUAAAACCGAAGCAGAAAAUUUCUCUAUAACCGAUUGCAGCCACUCAUAUUGUACGGAUUGCGUAGUGAAGUAUGUUGGUUCUAAGCUUGAUGACAACGUGAUUAAUAUCCGGUAUCCGAUUUCCCGGUGUGGUGGUUUCUUGGAACUCGACGGUUGCCGCAAGGUUCUGCCAAAGAUGGUAUAUUUGGGCCGAAAAUAA